CAAUCGGCGCAGGGCAGCGGGAGGAGUUGGAAAUGAGGUCACUGCCUGCGUUUGUGGAUUCAGGGCAGUGUGUGGACCCAGCCGGAGCUGGAGAAAGACGCAGCCGGGCAGCGGAGCGCGCGCUGAUCCAUCCAUGGGAGUCCGACAGAGAGACUUCUAACACCAGAGGCUCGUUUUGAGGCUGACACCGCCAACACCAGAGGAGCUGUUUCCAUGAGAUCCAUUUGUUUCAUCUCGCAUUUCCUUCAGUGUCACCCUCAUGAAAAUGGGGUGAUUUCCUUCUUUCAUCUUCCUGUUGAGUGACCUGGAACCAGCCCAGGGCAGAACCCCGACUCAUGUCAGAGGAUUCGGACUCCAAGCUCUAUUGCUUCUCGGCGCAGGAGGACCAAGAUGCAGCCUCAGAUUGCAGAGCGUCCACCUCCGGGACCACCUCCAUCCCGAGGGGGGCCUCCGUGGCGCAGCUGCACAGGUUGAGCGCCUACGGCCAAGCCCGGCCCGACCUGGGCCUUCCCUCAGAGGGGAGCGACAGCAGCGGGCAGGACCCCCAUCCUUCACCACGCAACAUCCGCAAGAACCCGCACUCCCGGCUGCUGCCCGAAGAGGACAUGGAGAUGAAGAGCAGCGGGUCCAGCGGGAGUGGGACGGAAUCGCACGGCAAUGAAAGCCAUGGAAACGACAGCAACGGAAACGAAAGCCACAGCCACGAGUCGCUCGGCAGCUCCAAUGGCAACAGCAAGGACUCGGCGUUGCUGGAGUCCUCUGGAAGCCAUAAAAGUUCAAACUCCCACAGUCCAUCUCCUCCGAGCAGCUCCAACGCCUUCAGUUUGCUGAGCUCAGAGCAGGACAACCCUUCAACCAGUGGCUGCAGCAGUCAGGAGUCGGCCAAAGCCAAGACCCAGAAAGAGGUGCUAAAAACCCUGAAGGAGCUGAAGCUUCACCUGCCUGAAGAAAAGAGACACAACAGCAAAUCCACCACACUCAACACCCUCAAGUAUGCGCUUCGCUGUGUCAAACAGGUGGAAGCCAAUGAGGAGUAUUACCAGCUGCUGAUGAUCAACGACAGUCAGCCGUCUGGUCUGGACGUUUCUUCUUAUACCAUCGAGGAAAUAGACAGCAUCACGUCUGAAUACACGCUCAAAAACAACGACAUUUUUGCGGUGGUCGUGUCUCUCAUCACAGGAAGGAUCAUCUACAUUUCCGAUCAGGCCGCCUCCAUCCUGAACUGCAAAAGAGACGUGUUCACCAACUCCAAGUUUGUGGAGUUUCUCACGCCGCAGGACGUCAGCGUGUUCUACAGCUUCACCACGCCGUACCGCCUGCCGUCCUGGAGCAUGUGCACUGGAGCAGAGUCAUCCCAGCCUGACUGCAUGCAGGAGAAGUCCUUUUUCUGUCGGAUCAGUGGUGGUAAGGAAAGCGAAGGGGAUCUGCGAUACUAUCCUUUCCGCAUGACGCCUUACCUGAUGAAGGUCCAGGACACUCAGCACUCAGAGGACCAGUUCUGCUGCCUCCUGCUGGCUGAGAGGGUUCACUCCGGCUAUGAUGGUGAGAGCCUAACUGCAGCCCCCAGAAUUCCAACAGACAAGCGCAUUUUCACCACCACACACACUCCGAGUUGUGUGUUCCAGGAUGUGGAUGAGAGGGCGGUUCCUCUUCUUGGGUACCUUCCUCAGGACCUGAUUGGUACCCAAAUCCUCCUUCAUCUGCAUCCGAAUGACCGCCAAAUGAUGCUAGCCAUCCAUAAAAAAAUUGUUCAGUAUGCUGGGCAGCCAUUUGACCACUCAUCAAUACGCUUCUGUGCUCAAAAUGGAGAAUAUAUCAUCCUCGAUACAAGCUGGUCCAGUUUUGUCAACCCCUGGAGCCGAAAGGUCUCCUUUGUCAUCGGAAAACACAAAGUCCGCAUGGGUCCUGUGAACGAAGACAUUUUCAUGAGCCCCGUGUCUGCUGACGGCCACAUGAAGACCAUGGACUCUGACGUCCAGGAGCUGACUGAGCAGAUCCACCGGCUGCUGCUUCAGCCGGUUCACAACAGCAGCGGCUACAGCAGUCUGAACAGCAACGACCAUCUCCUGAGCUUGACCUGCUCCAGCGAGAGUUUGAGUAACGAAAAUGGAAGCAAGCAACAGCCAGAGGAAGGAGAAGCCAGCAGCAAAACCAGAAUCCGAUCUUUUCAAGAAAUUUGUAAGGGAAUUCAUCGUCAGAAGAGCCAGGAGCAGCAGUCAACCAAAUCAGACUGCAAGAAGCCCAACAAAAAGCCCGUAGAGAAAAAUCAACCGGUGGUUCGUCUCAAAGACUCGGCUCCUCCUAUUAACUGGAGGGCAGCAAAGAUGGACGACGGCAAAGACUCUUUCCAAGAUGAAUUGGCUUUCAAUGAUCAGGGUGUCUACUCCUACCAGCAGAUCAGUUGUCUGGACAGUGUUAUAAGGUACUUGGAAAGUUGUAACGUUCCUGUCACCAUGAAGAGGAAGUGCCAGUCGUCGUCCAACACCACAUCCUCUAACUCGGACGAAGACAAGCAGAAAGGGUCCAACAGCAUGCAAGUGUCUAGAGAGCCAGUGUUAUUGAAGGAUCAGUCUGCUCUCUCUGCUCGGGAUGAUCCUGACAAAAAGUCCACUAAUGCGACCACAGCGGUAGUGGGCACUCAGCUGCCCCUAUCCGUUCCAAACAAACCAGAAAGUGUGGUGUCCAUAACCAGCCAGUGCAGCUACAGUAGCACCAUAGUUCAUGUUGGGGACAAGAAGCCUCAGCCAGAGUCAGAAAUAACAGAGGAUGUUCCAGGAGCAGGAGAAGUGGUGGAAUACUCCCAGAACCUUGGCGCUCCUCCCUGUGUGGUUUCACCUCCGAGCCAGGGGAAGGAUUCCUACAAGAAACUGGGCUUGACUAAGGAGGUGUUGGCAGCUCACACUCAGAAAGAGGAGCAGCUUUUUCUGUUUCGCUUCAAAGAUCUUUGUGGACUUGAUGCUCUCAAACCAAACUGCUCGCAGUGUCUGGAGCCUAAAGGAGAGGAGAUCAGGAGCAAUGCCGGUCGUGCCGCCCAAGCAGGCAAACAGGAAAGACCACCAGCAGACCUGCCCUCCCGCCGAGGACCACGGAAAAAGAAAACCAAGUCAAAGCGAGCGAAGCGCGUCACCGCCACUGAAAAUAAAGUAGUCAAACAGGCACAACCACCCCAGCCAAAGCAAGCCCCAAAACCCAUUCCAGCAUCCCCCCCUGAGGCCUCGCAGUCCACCUCACCCACAGCGUAUCCCUCCCUGAUACAAGGCGUCCCCCUGCAGCUGUAUCCCACUGUCUGCCCCUCAUCUCCACACGCGGAGGUCACACCACAAGGCUUCGCAGACAGCAUGGGAGCCCAAACUCCUCCCUUUGCCCCCAUGAUGGCCCCCUUUGUUGCUCUUCUUCUGCCUAACUACAUGUACCCUCCUAUGGGUUUUGGACAUCUUCCGCCUUUCCAACCAGUAGUCCACGCUGGGGACACCCCCAUCCACAUGCAGCCCUUUGGGCAGGCUGCCUUUCUGGGCCAAGGCACCCCAAUACCUCAGUCUGUCCCCGGUGGUCAGAACCAGUUUAGCUCCAACAACUCCUUUGCUCCUUUAGCGGGCUACAUAACACCAUCGUUUUAUUUCCCAUCAUCCUCGGAAACCCCCAAGCCUCAAGCGGAGACAGUCUCGCGCUCCACCACACCACUGUCGGUCGAAGCAGGAAGUGAGGGGUCCCCUCCUUUGUUCCAGUCUCGCUGCAGCUCCCCCCUCAACCUGCUGGAGCUGGAACUGUCUGUGGACAAGCAGGACAACCCAGGUCUCACCUCGGGAGGACAGGGGAGUCACCUGGCUGACAGGGAGAAAGGAACAAGCGGCUGCCCGACCAAGGAGAGAGAUCUGAAACAGCCCUCUCUCAAUCUCCUCGGUCCUCCUGGACCCUUGUAUUUCGAGGGUACAUCCAGGGUCUAUGAGCGUUUGUCUUGGGAUAAAGUGUGGUCUAGGCUGGGGGCUUGGAGAAACGAGCGAAGUUCACGUGGAGAUGAUAAUAACAGCGACGCCAUCUCGUCAUCCAGCGACAUGUUGGACAUCAUUCUCCAAGAGGACUCCUGCUCAGCCACCUCGGGCUCCAUGGGGUCGGGAUCCAACGGCUGCGGCACCUCGGCCAGCGGGACAUCUCAGAGCAGGACGUCAGCCAGUGGAGCCUCAGCCAGUGGGGUUUCAGACAGUCGCUCAGGAAGCAACAACAGCAGCAAAUACUUUGGCAGCGUGGAUUCAUCUCAGAGCAGCCAGAAACUGAAAAACACCUUGAGCAAAAGUGAGGGAAUGCCCGUGGCGAUGGAGCAGAGUGAGCAGGUCAUCAAGUGCGUCCUGCAGGACCCGCUCUGGCUGCUCAUGGCCAACACAGACGAGACAACCAUGAUGACCUAUCAGCUGCCCCUACGCAACUCACAGAACGUGCUCGCGGAGGACAAAGAGAAGCUCCGGCUGCUCCAGAAGUGCCAGCCUCGCUUCUCUGAAGACCAGAGGAAAGAACUGGUGGACGUCCAUCCAUGGAUGAAAAAGGGAGGUUUACCCAAAGCCAUAGAUAUUAAGGGCUGUUCUUGCUGCAGUGGUGCCUCAGAGGCCGCACAGGAAGUAGUUCAGCCAGAGCUGGAUCUGAGCGAUGCCGAAACCGGGGAGCUCAGCUGCCUGCAGACGCCCAAAGAAGAUCCCCUUAGUUCCUCUGAUAAAAGUUAAUUUCAAAGUCCUUAUUUCUAGGAACAAGUCAGUAAACUGAUGCUGAAGAGCCUGUUGUUGUUACCUGGUAUUUCUCCAAACUGUGAAGAGUUUUUAUUUUAUUUUACAGAAAGAAGGGCUCUUACUUUUUCUGGCUCUUCGUUCCAUUCAGAAUUUUCUAGAAACUAUGUAAAUAUAUAAGUUGUGGCCAUGGAAAUAUUUCGUUUGAUAUUUCAGAGUAACUGCUGGAUCUCUUGGACUACAUUUAUUAAUGAAUGUGUUUAGUAGUUGCACAAUUUGUGGCACCUUUAAGCGUUUUUUUUGCACCAACAAAGGGAUUUGAUGAGGCAAAAGACGCUCCAGAUGUGAUCUGAAAACUCUUUUAUUUGUGUUUUUUAUUUUAUUUUUUGUGAGCUACAACAACACUGCACUGUGCCAGCAUGCUGGAAGGGGUUGUUUCAAUCUCUUCUGUUACACAUCAACCACCAAAUGUGCAUUUCAGGGGCCGCGGGAAAAAGGAAAAUUCAGUUUUUGUAGUGACGACCCCUUUAAAACGCAUGAAAAUGAAUGUCAAAACACUGAAAAUUAUUAGAUUUGAAACUUUUUUUUCCAGUAAUUGGAGGAUAAGGUGCAAUAUUCCCCUCUGAAUGUAUCACUUCUAAAGCACAUUCAUCACUGAUGGUGAAAACACUCUAUGAGCAUUUUCAAAUAAUCUCGAAUCAUUCUCUUUUCAUGUUACCGAAUGCUGUUUAUUCAGUGGUCUGUUCCAGAUGUGAAGUUUAAAUAAGCUGCUGUAUUUUAAAGCUUGCCUAAAUGUUUGUAUGUGUGUCUAUAAAUCUAUAUUUUUUUGCCUUUGUUAAUUACAUCUGACAAAAAGAGUAAAAAAAAAGUACUAAGUUAUUAAGCAGGACCAAAAGAAGUAAAUAAAAAAGUUUUGUAACGUACAUCAAGAUAUUUCCCCACCUAAAGGUGUUAUUUAGGUUUUUGAGUGAGUGAGGAAGUGUUCCUCACUUUAAUAAACGCAUGCCGUCUAAUAGAUCCGAUCUACUGGACUGAUUUCAGGGGUACUGCGGUAGAAAAGCAGACGGAUGAGGGGUUGCAGGAGGUUUAGAGCUUGGUUUGAUUUGAAUCAGUGCUCCUUCUGUGCAACUUGAUCAAUUUCCAAUGUUGACAUUUGUCUUUCUAUCUGAACAUUUAAGAGCAAAGCACCUUUUUUUCAUAUAACAACUAUUUUUGUUGUCCUUUUUUUGUUCUUAUUUGAAACUGAGUUUAUUUUUCUCAAAUAAAAUGUUGCCAAAUGGAAAAAAAA